AUGGACGACGGCGACCUAGGAGACAACAUCCAACAGGAGACUGAAGCUUUUGAAGAUUCAGUCUCUCACGGGAGACGCAUAGAAAAUGACGAUGCUCAUCUUGCUCCAAGCCGCUGGUGGUUUGCCUCCUCGGCAUUCCCCAUGAUCGCCGGCACCCUCGGUCCUGUUGCCUCAGCCUUCAGUAUAUGCGCUCUCGUGCGGCCCUGGAGACAACAUCUCUAUCCUGGCAAAGACGUCAACGAUGCGACCUACGUGGCCGACCCCAUCUGGCUCACAGUCAUCAACGCCAUUCAACUCGCCAUGGCUGUCGUCUCCAAUGUCUUUCUCCUGCUCAACAUGACCCGCCGUGUUCGCUUCACUAUUGCUCAACCUAUCACCAUCAUCGGCUGGUACAUCUCUGCCAUAUUGCUCAUCGCCCUGCUCGCCACAGCCAGUGGGCCUCUUUACGAGGGCUUUGGGUACCCGGACAAGGAGCUUAUCUGGUCGCAGGCGUUUUACUACGGCAUGUGGGCUGCUAUUCUUUACUUCGUUGAUGCCUCACUCAUGCUAGUCACCUUCUAUGGAGCCUGGACAGGCCAUUACAGCAAGGACUUUAACCUCACGCCCAGCCAGCGAACUCUUAUGCUGCAGACCAUCAUGUUCCUCAUGUAUCUGCUCCUCGGCGCCCUUGUCUUCUCAAACAUAGAAGACUGGAACUACCUCGACGCCGUUUACUGGGCAGAUGUGACCCUAUUCACUGUCGGAUUUGGUGACUUCACUGCCCAAACCAACCUCGGGCGAGCUCUCAUGAUGCCGUACGCCCUAGUCGGUGUAAUCAGCUUGGGUCUGGUCAUUGGUUCCAUCCGCAGCCUGGUACUUGAGCGAGGAAAGCGACAGGUUGACGCUCGUAUGGAGGAGAAGAAGCGUCGACGUCUGGUUCGAAGUAUGACUAAGAAAGGCGACGACGACAUGCUUGAGCCAAUCCACGGGCCUAGCAGACAGGAUUCUGCUAUUUCUCAGGGCACACGGUCAAAUAAGAACUUGCCGGCUACAGAGUAUGAGCGUCGCAAGGCAGAGUUCGAUCUCAUGCGCAAGAUCCAAGCGCAAACAUCGUCUCGGCGUCGCUGGAUGGCCAUGGCGAUAUCUACAAGCUCGUGGCUUAUUCUCUGGCUCCUGGGUGCAUACAUCUUCGUCAAGUGUGAGGAAAAUUAUCAAAAUUGGAAAUACUUUGACGGCUUUUACUUUUGUUUCGUCAGUCUUACGACUAUUGGCUACGGCGACAAAACCCCUACUUCAAAUGCCGGAAAAUCUUUCUUUGUCUUUUGGUCUCUGCUGGCUUUGCCUACCAUGACAGUCCUCAUAUCCAAUGCCGGAGAUACCGUGGUCAAGCUAAUACGUGACGGAACGCUGCGACUCGGAAACGUCACUAUCCUUCCCGGCGAGGGUUCAUUCUCUAACGAUUUCAAGUACAUUGUCAACCAAUGUACGUUUGGUCGCGUCUUUUCCGACUAUUCCGAAGCGUCUCUACCGCAACGAAGCUCGAAGGGACGUUUGGCUGCAAAGACUUCCAGUCAUGACACUGCAGAUGUGUUGGUUAAAUCAGAUGAGAACAAUCUCGAAGAAGGCACACGUGGACGCUCUCAACAGCCUCCAACUGAGGAAGCCGACUCGUCCGACGAACGGCCACAACAAAGCCGUCAGAACUCGACCUUCACAGCUCGGGUCCGUCGCUCUCUAUCCCAUAUACGGGACGCCCACGACGAGUUACCUAAAGGAGCCGAUUUACACUUCCUCUUGAUUUCCGAGAUACAAGUCCUCACAAACCAUCUUAAAUCCUCAAAGUCCCACACUUACUCAUUCGAGGAAUGGGCUUGGUACCUCAAGCUCAUCGGCGAAGACGAGAGCGAUGCCGACAAACAUCGCAAGGCCCUGCCCAAGAAGAAGCACCACAAGCACAAUAACCACAAGCAUCAUAAGCAUCACAAUCAUCAUAACCACCAUAGUAGCAAAAAGGUCCACGACCCUCCUGAGGAAGGCCGUGAUGGGGGCUCUGACUCAGAUCAUGCCAUGGCUUGGUCCUGGGUCGGCAACCGUAGCCCUCUCAUGGGCAGCCAGGAAGAGACGGAGUGGAUUCUCGAUCGACUAUUAGAACGCCUUCGCGAGUCUAUAGCUUCUGAAGGGAGGAAAAAGAUUACAGCUGAUGCGAGGAGAGCUCUGGGGGCGGACCGCCAACGAUCGCCAAAUAAUGUGCACCACAAGAAUCAAGAGAAGAGGGAAUGA